GCGCGCGCAUCCACACGGCGCGGCGUGCGGAGGGGGCAGGCCUUGCUUCCUCUCCACCACCACCACCCCACACACCUCCACUCUCGCGUCCCAGCCAUGGCCGUCUCGGCACUGCAUCUGCACGCGCCCAAGCGCUGGAUCAGCGCGUGGUUCUUCUUCUCCUCGCUCCUCGUCCUCUGGGAUGCCGGCUACAUCUUUGCGCGUCCGCACUCCUUCCGCGGCGGCUGGCUCUUCGCGCCGUGGGCGCCGUACGAGCUGUACGGCACCAUCGACCUCAUCUACUCGCAGCGCGCCUACAAGGAGGGCUGGGGAUUCACCGCUGCGCAGGGCGCGCUCAACAUCGUCGAGACGAUUCUCAACUUCAGCUACCUGUACCUAGCGCACCGCGCCUCUCCGCCUUAUGCCGCCGUUGCGCCUCUCGUCGGCUUCACUGCCGUCGUCAUGACGGAGAGCAAGACUGCGUUGUACUGGCUGCAAGACCACCUGGGCGGCCCAAACGGAUGGGUCUACACGGGCCACUGCAGCACGCGCGACUGGUGGCUACUCUUUGCGCUCCCCAAUGGCGCUUGGCUCGUAGGACCAGCAGUCGUGGCGUAUGUGCUGGGGCGCGAAAUCGCACACUCCCUCCGAAGCGGCGCCGGAGUGGCCGGACACCCUAAAGGCCCCGCCGCUGGCACGCGCAGCCGCAGCAAGAGCGGACGCAAGAGUCUGACAAAGGCGGCGUGAGAGAGAGAGAGAGAGAGAGAGAGGCACAAUUCCACAUCACAGCGAGGUGUGUGCUUGCCCCCACUCCCGCGUUUGCGCGCGCCCGUCGUCUACUCCGUGCGCCCCCCUCCCCCC